CCUGUCUCCAGCACACAAGUCGUCCUCAAGGCAACCAGACUGUCACGGCAACCUCGCCGACGCUCACUGGAGGUACUUCCUGCUGAAACUGGCAAACUGGAUUGAAAGCGAUUCAAAAGUAACGCGCACGAACGACGUUUUUAACGCUUAAACCUGUAAUUUAGCUCCAGUAGCAGGCAUCUGCUCUUCCAGGAUUGAAGCCAAGACAACAACUGCGAUUCUUCACUGACAGACUUUUCUUUACUGUAAUGCUAGAGAGAACCUUAACAGCUGGUUAUCAAUGCAUUUAGCAAGGCCAAAGUCCUCCAAAGGGCGAAGCAGACCUGCUGUAAACAACUCUCUGCAUGCAGGUGACACAGCCAGCAUCCGGGGGCCACCUGUGUCUCCAAAUUCUCCUGUGUACAUCAGGCCGGACAGAAACCUCCACUUCCAGUCAGAGCCCAUAAUGUGGCAAGCCAGCCAGCUGAGCCAGGAUGAAGUCCUGCAGAUGCUGCAACACGCCCCUGCUGCUCCACCACAGUCCUUAAACAAGUACAAGGUCCUUCCAUCCAUAGAGAGGAGGCAGUCAGAGGUGAGUCUUGGGAGAAACCUGGACAAACAGAUGUCCAUGCUGAGCCUGUCUGAUGAUGCUAUCCCACAGCAAAGGCGCAGGAAUGAGGAGCCAGAUCUCCCCAUGGUGAAGGCUGUGACCCAGACCUGCAGCUCUGAGCUGGACAAGAGGGCUGAUGUGCAUCUCAGGGUCACACCUAAACCCCCUGAACCAGGACCAAUAAUGACCAAAGAAGCUGGUGCCACUGGCAGCUUGCUCCUAGCUAUCCGAGCACCAUGUGGUAGGAGGUUUCAGCAGCACUUUAACCCCACAGACACUCUGCUGACGGUGAAAGCCAGUGCAGAGGUCAGGUAUGGAGUCAAAUAUGGAGACACUUCCAUUGAGACCAUGGAUCUGCCACGCAGGACCUUCACAGAUAUGAAUAUGACCUUAGCCCAGUGUGGCAUCUUGAACAGAUGGUUGCUGUGCAUCUCCCAGAAUGACAGCAUGGUGGAGCACGAGUGAGCUUUAUGUUUUGCAGUUGAAAUUUGUCUUAAUGUUGGUAUAUAGAGUCCCCCACCACUCCAAAAUGUGUUUUGCUUAUUGUUUCUUCCCUUGGAUGUUUGAGCCUCACUGCAGUACACAGUGAUGUUGUGAGUUUGAUGCUAGAAGGCUGUUUUCACAUCCAUCUGCUGAGGGGGGAAAGUGUGAAACCUCCAGCACACAUACACUGAGGAUGCACUUGUUAGUGAAGUAUAAAGUAAACUGUCCGGCAUUUUCAAAUGGAAAAAGAUUCAGGACUUUUCAAUGAGUGAGAUGAAAGGGAGGGAGGGACGUUAUGGAGCCCCAGAAGUUUUAUUAUUUUGGAUAUUGUUUCCACAAGAUUUGAUAAAAAUAUCUUUUAGGACUUUAGAUGUGCUUUAAGAGUUUUAAAUUUAAUUUUGUGAUAAAACAUCAGACUCAAAAAAUAAUUUAUGUCUUAAAACAUUUUUAAGUUCACAAGCUUUUUUGUGUGCAACUAUUGACCAGCAAAUUUUGAACAAUUAAGUCAAUUAAUUCAUCUAAUGGCUUGUAAACACAUUUUAAAUGACUUGUUUGUUUAUUCAGGGGGACUGCACAAUACUUAAAAUACUUGAACACAAAUACAUAAAAUGUAUACUUAGUCUUGUGACUGAAAUUUAAUUUUACAGACUUGUAUGUGUUGAGUCACUUGUCUAAAUGAUGACACAUGCUGCUCAAAAAGGAGAAAAAGGGAUCCUAUGUGUACACCAAACAGGAAAGCAGUAGGCCUCUUCGACACAAGACAUUUUGAAGUGCAACAGUAAGAAAGGCACAUGUGUAAAUACCAAAUGAAUCACAGCCAUCGCUGUCAUUAUUAGUAACGCCUUCUAUUGUUCAAAAUGACUGCUGUGAAAAAGGUCCAUUUCAAACACUCACUCUGUUCUGACUGAAGUACUGCUUUUAUAUCACUUCCUAUAGAAUAGAGCCACAAAAUGAUUUCUGGAUGGAUAAGAGCAAUGCGUUUAUGAAGCGUGACAUAUGACUAAUCAAGACACACAUGCUCCUGUUCACUUACAAAAUGUAUUUAAAUGAUUAACACACUAAAGUGCAGAGAAUUAAGUGGUUAGAGGGUUUUGAACAUAUUGUAUAUUCACUGAAGAAAUACACGUUUGUCAGAUUAUGUUUAAUAAAAGGUUCUGAGCAACUGA